GAGAAAAGUAUCCCUUGUUCUGAGACUUUCUCUAUGAGUAAGACUCUUGGUGACCCAAUAAAAAUAAGAGCGUGGAAUAUUGCUGGUUUGCCAACUGAUACAUUUUCUGUAGACAAUGGGGUCAUUGUUGACAAUUCAAGACGUUGGCCAUUAAUGAUUGAUCCUCAAGGUCAAGCAAAUAAAUGGAUCAAGAAUUUUGAGAAGGAAAAUCAUCUGAAUGUUAUCAAGGUCACUGACACAGAUUAUAUGAGAACUGUGGAGAACUGCAUUCAGUUUGGAAAUCCACUUCUGCUAGAAAAUGUUGGGGAAGAACUAGACCCAUCACUUGACCCUGUGCUACUAAAACAGACUUUUAAACAAGGAGGCAUGGAGUUUAUCAGUCUUGGUGAGGCUGUUAUUGAGUAUUCCAGUGAUUUCAAGUUUUUUAUUACCACAAAACUGAGAAAUCCACAUUAUCUGCCUGAAAUUUCUACAAAAGUUUCUUUACUCAACUUUAUGAUAACACCAGAGGGGCUUGAAGAACAGUUGUUGGGAAUUGUUGUAGCGAAAGAGAGACGAGAAUUAGAAGAGGAAAGAAAUGCUCUUAUCCUUCAGUCUGCAGCCAAUAAAAAGCAUUUAAAAGAAAUUGAGAGGAAAAUUUUAGAAACAUUACAGUCAUCUGAAGGGAAUAUUCUGGAAGAUGAGUCUGCUAUCCAGGUCUUGGAUUCUGCUAAAGUAAUGGCUAAUGAGAUCACAAAGAAGCAGCAGGUUGCAGAGAAAACAGAACUUAAAAUAGCUGAAUCCCGAGAAGGCUAUCGACCUGUUGCAAAGCAUUCGUCGGUGCUGUUCUUUAGUAUUGCAGACUUGGCAAACAUUGAUCCCAUGUACCAGUACUCUCUCAGUUGGUUUGUUAACCUCUUCAUAAAGUCUAUUCAUGAUAGUAACAAAUCCAAAAUUUUGGAGAAGCGACUUCGGUAUCUCAAUGACCACUUCACAUACAAUUUGUAUUGCAACGUGUGUCGUUCACUGUUUGAAAAGGACAAGCUCCUCUUCUCGUUUUUGCUGUGUUGUAAUGUUCUUAUGGCUAGAAAUGAAAUAGAGCAUCAGGAGUUUAUGUUCUUACUAACUGGGGGUGUGGGUCUCAAGAAUAUCUACAAGAAUCCAGAUCCAUCUUGGCUAUCAGAUAAGAGCUGGGAUGAAUUAUGUCGUGCAAGUGAAAUCCCAGCUUUGAAAGAACUAAGGAGCCACAUCUCUGAAAAUGUAGGUGAAUGGCAAAAAAUUUAUGACAGCAAAGAGCCACAAAGCUUUCCAUUACCAGAACAAUUGAAUAAUACAUUAAAUGAAUUGCAGAAGAUUAUAAUUCUUCGGUGCUUAAGACCAGAUAAGAUUGGUCCAGCUAUAACAACAUUUGUAACUGAUAAUCUGGGGAAGAAAUUUGUAGAGCCACCACCUUUUGAUCUAGCAAAAAGUUACUUAGAUUCACGUUCUACAGUCCCUUUAAUAUUUGUGCUAUCUCCAGGAGCAGAUCCCAUGACUAGCCUCCUGAAAUUGGCAAAUGACAGAGAUAUGGUUGGAGAUAAGUUUCAGUCCAUUUCAUUAGGACAAGGACAAGGACCUAUAGCUACAAAAAUGAUUGAAGAAGGAAUGGAAGAAGGAACCUGGGUUUGUUUACAAAACUGCCAUUUAGCUGUCUCCUGGAUGCCGAUGCUGGAGAAAAUAUGUGAAGAGUUUAGCAAUGACAGAUGUCAUCCAGACUUCAGACUCUGGCUUACCAGUUACCCUUCACCCAAGUUUCCAGUAACCAUUCUGCAGAAUGGAGUGAAGAUGACAAAUGAACCUCCUACUGGUCUUCGGUUAAACCUACUCCAGUCAUUCCUUUCUGAUCCCAUUUCUGAUCCUGCAUUCUUUGCUGGAUGCCCUGAAAAGGAGCUGGUAUGGGAGAAACUGCUCUUUGGAGUUUGUUUUUUCCAUGCUCUUGUUCAGGAGAGAAGAAAAUUUGGGCCUCUUGGUUGGAAUAUACCCUAUGGAUUUAAUGAAUCAGACUUGCGAAUCAGUAUCAGACAGCUGCAGUUAUUCAUAAAUGAAUAUAGUGAAGUUCCUUUUGAAGCUAUAUCUUACCUAACUGGUGAGUGCAACUAUGGAGGUCGAGUGACAGAUGACUGGGACAGACGUUUGCUGCUGACAAUGCUGGAUGACUUCUAUAACCCAGAUAUAAUUGAAAAUCCUCGUUACACUUUUUCUCCCAGUGGCCAGUAUUUUGCUCCACCAAAAGGCACAUAUGAGGACUACAUUGAGUUUAUUAAGCAUCUUCCCUUUAGUCAGCAUCCAGAGGUAUUUGGUUUGCAUGAAAAUGUGGAUAUUUCAAAAGACCUUCAGCAAACUAAGAUCCUCUUUGAAUCUCUGCUUUUAACACAAGGAAAAGGCACUCAGGGAACUUCUGGAGGUGGUGACAGCACUCUCUAUGAAAUUGCAGAUGAUAUUCUCAACAAGCUUCCAAAUGAUUUUGACAUUGAAAGUUGCCUGAAUAAAUAUCCUGUGAGAUAUGAAGAAAGUAUGAACACUGUGUUGGUACAAGAAAUGGAAAGAUUUAACAAUUUAAUCCGCACUAUUCGUGUUACACUCGUUAACCUGAAGAAAGCCAUUAAAGGACUGGUUGUUAUGGAUGCUGAACUGGAGGCUCUGUGUAGCAGUCUACUCAUCGGAAAAGUUCCUGAGAAGUGGGCAAACCAUUCAUACCCAAGUCUAAAACCACUAGGGAGCUAUAUUCUAGAUUUUCUAGAAAGGCUGAAAUUUUUGCAGAAUUGGUACCAGUUAGGGAAGCCCGUGGUUUUUUGGCUGUCAGGAUUCUAUUUUACUCAAGCUUUCUUAACUGGAGCUAUGCAAAACUAUGCUAGGAAGCACAAGAUCCCUAUUGACCUUCUGGGAUAUGAAUUUCAGGUUAUUCCUCAGGAUACUGCUGAUACUCCACCAGAAGAUGGUGUUUAUAUCCAUGGAUUAUUUUUAGAUGGAGCUCGCUGGGACAGGACCAAGGGAAUGUUAGCUGAGCAGUAUUCCAAAUUGCUCUUUGAUGCGAUGCCGAUCAUUUGGAUAAAGCCAACUGUAAAAUCAGAAAUAAAGAAAUCUAAUGCGUAUGUUUGCCCACUCUACAAGACAAGUGAGCGCAAAGGAGUCUUAUCUACUACUGGGCAUUCUACUAACUUCGUCAUUGCUUUGACACUUAACACGGAUAAACCAGUACAACACUGGAUCAAGCGAGGCGUUGCAUUGCUCUGCCAGCUGGAUGACUAA